AUGCAGCAUGCCCUAAGCCCUACACCUCGCUACGCACUACGGCGGGCGGCCAACCAAAAAUCCGCAAAGUGCAUCGCGAAUCCAACCGCACCGACGAGCCUUCGACUUCGACAACCCCCUUCAGCAACCACCGUCGUCGCCAACCCCAAGUCAUCAACCGUCGUGAUGGCGCAGGAACGUUCCGGAAUCGUGGUCGGUCUCAACAAGGGCCACAAAACCACCCCCCUCAACACCCCCAAGACCAAGAUUAGCCGCACCAAGGGCCAGUCUUCCCGCCGCACUGCCUUCGUCCGCGAGAUCACCCGCGAGGUUGUCGGUCUUGCCCCCUAUGAGCGCCGUAUCAUCGAACUCCUGAGAAACACUCAGGACAAGCGCGCUCGUAAGCUUGCUAAGAAGAGGCUCGGUACUUUCACCCGUGGCAAGAGAAAGGUUGAGGACAUGCAGACCGUCAUCGCCGAGGCCCGUCGUGUUGGUGGUCACUAA